AUGGAGUUGAAGGCACCGCUCGUUCUGUUCAUUUUGGACAAACGUAUUGCCAAAGCACAAGGAGGCACUGGUAUCUCAAGAGUCAUCUCUAAGAUGAUUGUAAACGCAAAUGCUUCUGGAGGCGCCGACUCUACAAUCUCGACGGAAGGGUUCCGUAAGAGCUGUGAGAAAAUCACCAAGUACAGAGAUACUGAUUCCUUCUUCACUCAAUGGGUUCUUGGCGCAGGAUGCCCACACUUUACUAUCACACAAAAGUUCAACAAAAAGAGAUUAUGUGUUGAAAUGACCAUUACACAAACCCAGGCGAACUCGGAGACAGAACUUAAGUUGCACAAGGAUGGCUUCUACAGAUCUUUCAAGGAAUCGACAGCUGGAGUAAUUGCACCAAAGGCACAGAACGCAUUUACUGGACCGUUGACCAUUCGAAUUCACGAGGCUGAUGGUACUCCCUACGAACAUAUAGUUAUGAUCAGAGAGAAGACAUCAAGAAUUGAAAUUCCGUACAACACCAAAUACAAGCGCCUUAAGCGCAAUAGGCGUAUGAAGGAACGUGCAAAUGCAGGCAUUGCCAUGGAUAUCAAUGCCGAGAACCAUGACGAUGCUCUCAUCUACUGCUUAGGGGAUGUUCUCCAGUCACCGCAAGAUAUCCAAGAGUGGGGUUUACGAGAUUGGGACCCAGCCACAGAAGCCAAGAUGGAAGCCGAAUCGUAUGAAUGGAUUCGUGUUGAUGCUGACUUUGAAUGGAUAUGCGAUAAGAAAUUCACUGGUAUGGAGGCAUACAUGUAUGUUUCUCAACUUCAGCAAGACCGCGAUAUCUCGGCUCAAUAUGAGUCGAUGGCGUACCUGGAUAAUGCUCCUCCUCAUCCGCUCGUUGCCACAUUUUUGAUUAGAACUUUAAUGGACCGGCGCUAUUUUUAUGGCAUUAGGACAAUGGCUGCAAAGUCUCUUGCUAAACAUGCUGUAGAGAAAGACGUAAAGUGGAUAGGUCUGACUCACCUCGAAAAGGCUUUCCAAGAGUUCUUUUGCUACCCUGGUACAAAGAUGCCUAGAUCGAAUGACUUUUCCGAUAAGCAAGCUUAUUGGAUCGAAUGCGCCAUUCCCGAGGCUAUGUCAAGGGUCAGAAGCUUAUACGAUUCUCUCUGCCCCAAAAGAGCGCGACAGUUCAUACUUGACCAGCUUCGCUUCAACGACAACGGAAACAAUGACUAUUCGGACAACUUCAAGGUUGCAAACCUUUUAAAGUCAUUGGCAGACUCAUUGAUUCCUGGUGAUAAGGGUAUCAAUAACGAUGCACUUCAACUUGACGAGGCCGAAGAAAAGGACGAGCCUCGGGAGUUCAAGAAUAUCGUUUUGGAGGAGCUUGACAGAUAUAGUAGGAUGGAUGAGUGGAUAGAUUCAUAUCAGAAUAUCUAUACCAUCACAGUCAUAGAGUGCAAACUGAAGUUGAUGAAUGCAGGUGUCAUACCAGUGGAUGCACUUGACUUUGCUCAAUACCUUCACGACGGAAGUUCUCCAAAUGUACGAAUCAAAGCGUCUUGGGCACUUGCUGACCUUGGAUUCUUGAAAAACACUGCUGUGGCAUGUCUACUCGUGACUGCUAUGAGUACAGAUCCGUCGCCAUGGGUUCGAGGUGAACUUACAAAGGCGUUCUAUUAUGGAUUGGGAGUCCUGGGACUUGGUGAAUACAAAACUAAACGAGUUGCCGCUCCUGUGGCCAAGGAUGGCUUAAUUAUCGAAGAAGCAUCCACGAGUGCACGACAGGAGCAAGCAGAGCGGAGUAACAUAAUAGGUGCGCUUGCUUCGCUAAAGUUGGAAGUCGGCGGAAACACUGAUUUGAAAAAUGCCUUGUGGAAAGCUGUCCUAUCUCCUGUGAUUACUGUGGCAGAGCAAAUGGAUUUCCUUGACCUCUGCACCAUGUUUUGUUACCCUAAAGAGUCUUUGAAUUUGAAGCUAAAGUAUCCUCGUUAUUGGAGAGCCGAACACCGCGGGAAGGUAUGUCAUACGAGAUUUUUAGCGUUGAUGCUUUUAUACUAAUUUUAUCUAGGGUCGAAUGGUUUUUAAAAAAACCAAAAAAGUUCGUACAACUAUCGUGGAAAGAAUUGUUCCAAGCAAGAUCAAAGCCCUUGCUGCCCCCCAGCCACCUGUACCCUCACCCACCGUCGCCGCUCCCUCUGUAGGACCAUCAGCAGAGAGACCAACGAUGCCUCUUAAGCUCAAGAUUGGCAAUUCUUCUGCCCUGAAGCUAAACAAUUCACCUGCUCUGAAGCUAGGCAAUUCUUCUGCUUUGAAGUUAAGCAAUUCACCUGCUCCAAAGGUAGCUAAUCCACCUGCUCUAAAGCUUGGCAGUUCACCUGCUCCAAAGCCAGCUAAUCCACCUGCUCUUAAAUUUGGCAGCUCAUCUUCUGGGCUCAAGAUUGGCAGCACAUCUACUGGGCUCAAGGUUGGCAGCCCAUCUACUGUAGUUCCUAAGCAUCCAGGCAUUUCAGGUUCAUCUGCUGCAACGCCUAAACAUCCCAACUCUUCUGGGCCAUUUGCUGGACCUCCUAAAACUUCUAGCUCUUUGGGGACAACUAAACAUUCUAGCUCAGUACACAGCUCUGCAGGAACAUCAAAACCCCCUGGCUUAGUAAAACUCUCAAGUUCUUCAGGAGAUAUGAAACCACCCAAACGACCUCUUCCGGCAGAUAUUGCGGAGAGUUCUAAUUUAUUACACAAGGAUAAGAAACAAUUUGAGAGUUUCAAUUCAUCACACAAGGAUAAAAAGCCAGCAUUGAUUGUCAAACUCAAGGUUCCUGCUUCCAAGUUAAAGCGGAUUGUCUCAUCACCUCGUAACUCUAAGACAAAGCUCCUUCCUCAUCUCCAUCCAUGUCCAAUCCGAGACGGCCGUCCCCCAAGCCAUCACCAAAGCCAUCCUCAAAACCUUCGCCGGCAUCAACACAAUCGGUCAGAGCUAGCCCUGCUCUUGCUUUUUCCUCUAGUUCAUCGGGUCACACAUCAUCAAAUGUCAAGAAGCCAUCAAGUUCAAUUCACGUCGCAGCACCUAUCCGGAAACCUCUUCCCGAAGGCCGAAAACCUUUACCAGAUUCGGCACAUCAUCUUCCCUCGGCACCCCCUACCCCUGCCGAUGUACCCAAAAAACCAACCAUCAAACUCAACUUUAAACCUAAACCCAAACCUUCAUUCUCUUGA